AUGAAGCUCGCCAUUAUAACCCUCGCGCUUGUCUCCUUGGUGACUGCCGCACCCCUCUCAACCCACUGGUCGCAGGGCGUUCCACUCGAUCGAUACCUGCCUGGCGAGGAUGGAUCCGCCGCAGAACCGCAACCGGGCACGCUUCUGGCCAACGCAGGUGCUGGGCGAGUGCUCAGUCUGCCUGCAACGUCCCGCCACCACAGCGACACUGCCACGAGCUGGCCCGCAGCCGUUGGCGAGCGACUGAGCGCCAUCCUGAACCACUUUGGUAUCUAUGUCGAAGUGUGGUCCGAGACCGAGGAACACCUGUUUGUGGACAUGGUCUACGGCGACGAUGCGGGCAGAGGCGACACUGCUGCAGGUGACCGCUUCCAAGCACUGUCCGCCGACGCGCUCGAGUACUACCUGUCUCAGCGCCAGGUGGCCGAGGGUAUCCUGGACCAACUGUGGGAGACCAUGGGCCACCGCCGAGUGUACGCGCUCGUCUUGCUCGUGGUCGCCGUCCUGAACAUUACGGCCAUUGCCCUCGCGCGCCAGAGUUUGUCCCAGCACCAGCGCUGCGCUCGCUGUGGGUACGACGCUGAGCUCGAAGCACCAGGCCGGGCGCAUUCGGAGCGUCUGCCUGCGACCUCGAACGGGGUCGCAGUGGAUGAAAAGGGACGACUCGUGUAG